AUGCUAUUUUCUGAAUUAUCUCCAUUUGCUUCCUCAUUUUCCUCAAUUAUAGUGUCAGAAAUAGGUGAUAAAGUAUAUGAUAUAAAUAUAAUAGACAUUCUUUAUUACAGCAAUUUUAGGAAUGACUUAUUCUAUGAGUUUAGUGUUUCUAGGUUCUUAUACAGCAAUGGUUUUAAUGACUUUGUUAUCAUGUUUCUUUGGAUUUAUAUUACCUUAAAUUUUGAAUCCCACAUAUACACAUAUUAUGGCUUGUAUAAUGUUUUUUUACUUCGGAUAAAAAUUGUUGAGAGAAUUCUUAAGUUCAGAUCAUAAAGAAAAUGACGAUGAAGAAUAAGAAGCAGUCUUAGAAGUUAAUAAGGUGAAAUCUAGACUUACUAAAUAAUCAGAUUCAAAGAGUAUAUCAAAUUUAGAAGUUCUAAGAGCUGCUAUUGUAUUAACCUUUUUAGCUGAAUGGGGAGAUAGAAGCUAAAUUACAACUAUUGCAUUGGCUACAGAAGAGACAUUUGUAGUACUUGUUGGUGCAUUACUUGGUCACUUUAUUUGUACAAGUACAGCAGUACUUGGAGGUAAAAUGAUCUCAUCAAAAAUUCCAGAAAAAUACGUAUUAUUUUUAAAAUAUUAUAAAUUUAGAUCCAUCUCUGUGGAGGUAUUCUUUUUAUCUUAUUCGGAUUGCAUAACAUUAAAAUGCUUUUAUGA